CAUGUCGUCACUGCCCCUUGGGACAAAAUGUCAUAUGUAAUCUUGUGCUGCACUCAUAUACCGGUAGGUCAGAGAUAGUAUUCCCUCAGUUAUCAAGCGUUCGGUCCCAUAGAUUGGCACUCCUCUUCGCUUCGAAGAUGAGUACGCUCAGACCGGCUGGUCUGCUCAGUUCGAAUGGCAACCCGGACCCACAGGAAGGAUUCGCGCAAGGCACUCGACCAGUAUCAUCUGAAGAGGAGUCCAAACUUGCCGACUCCGAGAAGGACGAGGAUGGUGCGCGUGAACGCGGCAACGACGAGCAGAACAACGAGGAAGAAGAGGGUGAUGAGGAGCAGCAAGGUGGACCGCCCAAACCAGUAGGCUUCUGGGAUCCACGACUGAAGCAUGUACGGCACGAAGCGAUGUUCAAGUGGACCGUCACCACCGCCCUUUUGAUGGUGUUCAUCCUGGGCGUCUUGUCGAUAUACUGGGGUGCUCUAUUCCACAUCGAGCCGAACCUGUCAUCACUCGUGGUGUACGUGGUCGACUUUGACGGACAGGUCGCACCAUACAAUACUGCUGGCCACGCUCCUGUUGUCGGACCUCUCAUUACGGAACUUGCAGAACAGAUGGUAGCGAGCCCUGUGCCGCAUCUCGGAUUCGGCGUGCUGCCACCUUCCAACUUCGCCAACGAUCCCAUCCAAGUUCGCCAAGCGGUCUUCGACUUCGAUGCCUGGGCAGCUAUCGUGAUCAACCCGAACGCCACCGCCAUGCUGUAUUCCGCCAUCCAGAAUGGCAACACGUCGUACGACCCCAUGGGCGCAUGUCAGCUCAUCUACAUCGAUUCCCGUGACGACACGAAUUGGUACGACUUCAUGUCGCCGAUUCUGAGCGCUUUCAUGACCGAAGCGACUAGCAUGGUGGGUGAGCGUUGGACGCAGAUGGUGAUGCAGAACGCGAGUACCGAUGCCACGCUCAUUACAAACGCAGCCCGCGUGCCGCAGGCGCUCAGUCCAGCGAUCGGAUUCAGCCAGUACAACCUACGGCCCUUCUUUCCUUACCAAGUCAUCCCGUCCGUCAGCAUCGGGCUGAUCUACCUGAUCAUCAUCUCGUUCUUCUCUUUUGCUUUCUACCUGCCGAUACAUUUCAAGUAUCUCAAACCCGAAGGUCACCCUCCGCUCAAGUUCUACCAACUCAUUAUCUGGCGUUGGUGUGCCACGAUGUCCGCCUACUUUAUGCUGUCGCUAGCCUACUCUCUUAUCUCGCUGGCAUUCCAGGUCAACUUCUCGGGUGGUAACCCUGUCACUUCUGAGACGGACGUUACCUGGACUGUGGACGGUUUCAAGAACGCCGAUGCUUACGGUCAUGGCACCUUCCCUGUGUACUGGAUGCUCAACUUCUUCGGUAUGAUCGCACUCGGCCUUGCAUGCGAGAACGUAGCUAUGAUCGUUGGUCAGCCUUGGACAGGUCUAUGGCUUAUCUUCUGGGUCAUUACAAACGUCAGUACAGCAUUCUACGAUAUCGAUCUCGAACCGGGCUUCUACCAUUGGGGUUACGCAUGGCCUCUGCACUACGUCGUGGAAGGAUCAAGACAUAUCUUAUUCGGAUUGCAUAGCCGGAUAGGCCUCGACUUCGGCGUGCUGAUUGCCUGGGGUGCGGUCAACACUGUAUUGUUCCCGUUUUGCUGCUACUUCAUGAGGUGGAAGUCGAAGCACCAUGUCCAUGAGUACUAUAAGUAGAUAGUAGAGAAGAACAUGC